CUCCCUUCUCCCUUUCGUAUGUCCAGUCUGAAAAUAAUCUCAAGUUUUAUGAUUUUCAUUAAACUACUGUACUAAUGCGUCUGAUCUCUUACAUAUUCGAGACGAAGGGUCUCGUUACAGUUCCCAAGCCUUUUAACAUUCCAAUUCCCCAGUUUAUCCAUUCAUUAUCUACCAAUCAAACUUUGUUCUUCGUCCCUAAUCCAAGAAUAAUUUUUCAACUACUGAAGCACUGCUUGACACUGUCACAACUCAAUCAAAUACAUGCCCAAGUCAUCACAAAUGCCUUGUCUCAGAACAAAUCUCUACUUGGAGCCCUCCUUUGCUCUUGUAUCUCCACUAACAAUCUAAGCUAUGCACGAUUCUUGUUUGUUAAUUAUUCUUGUCCUUCCUCAUCAACUUUCCUAUGCAACCUCAUGAUCCAAGCAUACUCCAAGAUACCCAAUUCCCAAGAGUCUUUCAAUGUCUUCCAUCAGAUGCUUGCAAUUGGCAGACCUAUGUUGGAAAUCCCGGACAAAUACACCUUCACCUUUGUGAUCACUGCCUGUUCACGCAAUCCAACUAUGGUAGCUUAUGGUAAAAAUGUUCAUGGGUUAGUUAUAAAAUAUGGGUGCGAAUCUAAUAUUUAUGUUGGCAAUUCAUUAGUUAACAUGUAUACAAUAUUCAGAAAGAUACAAGAUGCCCAUAGAGUCUUCGAUGAAAUGCCUAAGAGAGAUGUGGUUACUUGGACUAGUCUUGUUCGUGGAUAUGCUAACACUGGAAAUUUGGUUACGGCUCAUAAGUUGUUUGAUAAGAUGCCUGAACGGAAUGAUGUUUCUUGGGCUGUUAUUAUUGCUGGAUAUGUUGGAAGUGGUCGGUACAAUGAUGCACUUCGGCAUUUCAAUGAGAUGUUGUCUGAUGAUAAGGUCAAGCCUAAUGAAGCCAUUCUUGUCUGUGUUUUGUCGGCCUGUGCUCAUCUUGGAGCUUUAGACCAAGGAAAGUGGGUUCAUGUUUACAUAGACAAGCAUGGAGUGCCACAGAGUUCCAAUAUUUCAACUGCUCUAAUUGAUAUGUAUGCAAAAUGCGGGAGGAUAGACUCUGCCUAUCUAAUUUUUAGUAGAAUGUCCAAAAGAGAUGUCCUCACGUGGACAAGCUUAAUCUCAGGGCUUUCAAUGCAUGGUCUUGGUAAGGAUUCUCUUCAGGUUUUCUUUCAAAUGUUAGCAGAAGGUAUUAACCCAGAUAACAUCUCGCUUCUUGGCGUUUUGAUUGGAUGUAGCCAUUCUGGUCUAGUAGAGGAUGGUUGCUUUAUCUUUUAUAACAUGGAACGCUUGUGGGGAAUUGUGCCAAAGAUUGAGCAUUAUGGGUGUUUGAUAGACCUCCUUGGUCGUGCAGGAAAGUUGGAAAGGGCAUUUGAAGUUGUCAAGAGGAUGCCUAUAGAGCCUGAUGCUGUGAUCUGGAGGGCAUUGCUAAGUGCUUGUAGAAUCCAUGGUAAUGUUAAUUUUGGGGAGCGAAUCUUAGAUCACAUUGCUCAAUUGGAUUCUAGUAGUCAAGGUGAAGGUUAUGUACUUCUUUCAAAUUUGUAUGCAUCUCUUGGCCAAUGGGACAAGGUCACCGGAUUGAGGAAUGCAAUGAACAUGGGAGGAUAUGAAUUCCGCCCUGGUUGUAGUUGGAUUGAGAUUCAUGGUGUUAUGCAUGAAUUCCUUGCUGCUGACAGGCUGCAUCCCCAAAUUGAGGAGAUACAUGACAAGUUAAAUGAGGUGCUGAAAAUCAUAACCAUUUAUGGAGGCUAUGUUCCUAACACAAAGCAAGUGCUGUUUGAUUUGAUUGAGGAGGAGAAAGAGCAAGCUUUAUCUUGGCACAGUGAGAAGUUGGCUGUGGCUUUUGGACUGCUAAAUACUGAAGCACAGACCCCAAUUCGGAUAGUGAAAAAUCUAAGGAUAUGUGAGGAUUGUCAUUCUUCUAUGAAAGCUAUUUCACUAGUUUUCCAUAAAGAAAUUGUUGUAAGAGAUAGAUCGCGUUUCCACACUUUCAGAGGAGGAAACUGUACGUGUACAGAUUUUUGGUAGAAGAUCAUUUGUGGGCUAAAGGCUUCAGGAGGCAGAAGUUUAGGGUCAUCACCUGAUUCUGUACAAGUGGUGGAAUAUGAAUG